ACAAAUAGAGCGCCGUCGUAAAUAACACAAAACCGUCCGUGCACGUUUCGCGGCGCGUGGUGGCCGUAUAAUCGCACGUGCGUUCUCGCGGCGUACGCCCGGUCGACGGCGUCGGCUACCCGGCGGUCGCGCGGCGGCUCUCGCCCGUUUCCCGGUGGCCCUUCCGCGCGUAAACGCGCGCGCGCUCGCACGCUCGCUCGCGGCGGCGUGCACCGAUCGCUCGCAGUUGACGAAACCUCGUUCCAUCUCGUCCGUACAGUCGUCGCGUGCGUGAGGACGCACGCGUUGUCCGGCGCGGUGUCGAGCGUGAUCGAGUACGACAGGUCUCGUGCCGGUGGGGGUGCGCGGGUGCACGCGGUGGUAGCGGGACCCCACCGAGAGUAAGAGAGAGAAAGAGAGAGCGAGGAAGAGAGAGAGAGAGAGAGAAAAAGAGAUCAACUGACGAGUGUGGUGCUGUCGUGUCGCUCGUUCGGGGGACGCCGCGUCGUCGCCAGGAUGCGAUCGUGCGCGCGCGAUGCGAGUCAGCCCGCGUGUCGUAGCCGAAGCCCGCGGUUUUUCGCCUAGCUCCUCAUGCUAGUCUCGUCUUCCGAAUUGCUUGCGGCACAGCAUGAAGGAGAUGCUCGGAGGGUGCUGCGUGUGUUCUGACGAGAGGGGUUGGACCGAGAAUCCGCUGGUGUACUGCGAUGGACAGGGCUGCACCGUUGCUGUGCACCAAGCAUGCUAUGGCAUUGUCACUGUACCAACGGGACCAUGGUAUUGCAGAAAGUGCGAGUCGCAAGAGCGCAGUGCUAGAGUGCGCUGUGAGUUAUGUCCGAGUCGAGAUGGAGCUCUCAAGAGGACCGACCAGGCUGGAUGGGCGCACGUCGUGUGCGCUCUCUAUAUUCCAGAGGUUCGAUUCGGUAACGUGACUACGAUGGAGCCGAUCAUAUUGCAGCUUAUACCGUCGGAAAGGUUUAGCAAGACGUGCUACAUUUGCGAGGAACAAGGUAGGGGCAGCAGAGCGAACGUGGGGGCCUGUAUGCAGUGCAACAAAACGGGCUGCAGGCAGCAAUUUCAUGUUACUUGUGCACAGGCACUGGGUUUGCUCUGCGAGGAAGCUGGCAACUAUCUUGACAAUGUCAAGUACUGCGGGUAUUGCCAGCAUCAUUAUUCGAAAUUGGUUGGUAGUCCGUACGUCUGCGCUGCUUCCUUCGCGAUUGCUCGCCGUGCGAUAACGGACGAUCAAUUUUUGCAGAAAAAGGGUGGUAACGUGAAAACGAUACCGCCCUACAAGCCGAUACCCGCCGACAACGGCUCGUCGGACUCGUCGCCGGAGAAAGAGGCGGAGACGCCGAUUAAAUCGUCGAGCGGCAAGCGCAAGAGCUCGAGUUCCAAAUCCACUGCGAAUUCUAAAAGUAAAUCGAAUGCUAGUCCCAAUUUAGAGAUAAAUGGCAUCGCGGACGACAAAAGCGGUAGUAGCGGCCGUAAUACGCCCAAAGAUAAUUCCACGAGUUCCAGCAAGUUCACGACCUCCAACUUUGUCGAGACUAUUGUCACGCAGUCCGAGAGCGUCUUCGGACACGACGGCAGCGUUGUCACCACUGCCGCCCCGACUGCGGCGGCGGCCGCUACCACGAUAAAGACGAGUGGCGGUAACUCGAACGCGGCGCACAAGAACGUUGGCGGCCAAGGGAAGUCCAAUUCGUCGGCCUCCAACAAGACGUCCAGUCACACCAGCAAGAAGAGGAAGACCGGCGCGCGUACGCCGACGGUGAUAGGAAACGACAACUCGAAUCAGUCGGCCAGUUCAGAGGCGAGCGGAUCGGUCGUGGUGUCCGUCAGCUCUGUGGUGCAGCAGACCGUCCCGAGUAACAACGUACAGCCGACAAUCACGGAAGCUACUAGCUUGAGCACAAUGACGGAACCGGAAAAAUCGAAGAAGAUAAAAGUCGAGAGCCCGAUCCAGUCAUCGUCGAGCACGCCGGUCACUACCGAGGCGACCACUACACCUGUGAUAAUAGCGGUGACGCAAUCCCAAUCCUCUAUUGUUACCCAGUCGCCGACAACCACGUCGAACAGCAUCGUAGUUUCCGUGCCAUUGACGGCUACCUCGCUUCCCAGCACGGUUCAGAGCGUGGUAACGAGCGCGCCAAUGUUGUACCAAGUGCAACAGAGCAUCAUCACCACAGCCGCCAGCAGUGAGCCGCGCUCCAGCGCGAUAGCUAAUGAGCAGCGGUUUGCCAUGGAGGAAACGACGGCGAAGCGAUCUCGUUCGCAAUCGUCUGACAAGCAAGAGAAGUCGCGUAAGCCGAAGCGUGGCUCCUCCAGCAAUCAAGCAUCACUGCCACUACAGACAACAGGCACGUCUGUCGUGACGUCCGUGUCCAGUACUGCGGUCGUAACGACGUCCAAGAGAGGUGGGAGAAGCAAUCACCCGACACCUCCGCCAGCCGCCACCAUAGUUCCAAUACCGUCAAUAAUUCAUGGUCCCACAUCAGCUGCUAUUGGGCACUUUAGUAGCAUCAGCGGCACAGUCCCUGCGUGCACCAUGGUACCAACCGUCAAGGAAUCACCGCCUAGCAGUCCUGGCUCGGAAAGUAUGAGCAGCAGCACUGGUAAACGGAAGAGGAAAACCGCAACGUCUACUCCUACGCCAUCUGCGUCAACUACCCCGACAUCUCUCGCCACUGCCGUGGUGAAAGAGGAGAAUAACAUUAAAUUGUUUCAAAAUGGAGUCGGAGCACCGCACAUGCUAGGCAAUCAGCUGAAUCCCACAUCCACGAUGGCACAAAAAAUGUCGGACACGCUGACGCAGGAGCUCGAGGCCCAUUCUAUUUUCACAGAAUCGAGCAACUCCAAUGCAAAUCUGGUCGGACCGCAGCUGCACAGUCGAGUAAUCGCAUCCAUACGGUCUAGCCAACCGGGUGCGCCGCCAACCUCGUUUUCCUCAGUGUUUUCCGGGAGUAGCACGAGCCAAGCUGGGCCUGCGGGGGCGUUGGGUGGUGGCGCGAUACCGCAGACGCUAGAUCAACUUUUGGAGAGACAGUGGGAGCAGGGGAGUCAAUUCCUAAUGGAGCAAGCCCAGCACUUUGACAUUGCAUCCCUGCUUUCCUGCCUACAUCAAUUGAGAGCUGAGAACCUUAGGCUAGAGGAACAUGUAAAUAAUCUCCUGCAGAGGAGAGACCAUUUAUUGGCUGUGAAUGCUAGACUCGCUAUUCCAUUGACAACUCAGCCUAGUUCACAUCCAGUGAAUAAUAUACAUCCAACGGUAAAUCCGUCUCAUUCAAACGUCUCGCAUCCGGAGGUGCCACCCGGCGCCCCGGCCUCGGUACCGAGGGUAAGCCGUGAGCCUAGAGUGAACAGCACGUACAUGCCUCACUCGAGCUCCGCCGGCCACCCGACGACGCUCGAGAAUGGUUUACCGCCGGAUCCAUCCCCGCCCGCGGCGGCCUCCUUGUCACAGUAUCAGCAUCGAGGAUCGCUAGUCGCGCCUCAACCAAGCCCCACGAUAAGGCACAGUCCAGCUGCGGGUGGAUACCUUCAGGGUCAGCCGAGCAACAUAGUCUCGCCGGCACCGGCGAACACUUCCGGGGUAGUGAGGAACUCCUCCGUCACGCCAGACCCAUUGCGUGGAGUGCCGAGGUCUACUUCGCAGUCGUCGGGCAGUUACAUGUCAUCAAUGUAUCAGCCCACUAUGCCCAGCCUCACCAGCAAUCAAGUAGGCGGCGUUCACAAUCUUCAUCCGCACGGUCCUUCGCCGACCAGUCACGGGCCGCCCGGCAAGCCCAGCUGAAGGUAGAUAAACGUGAUACGGCGAAUCUUAAUUGUUGAACCGGAAGCCGCUACGUCAAACGCGACACGAUCCAAUCUCGUCGCAAGAAAGAAAUGCCUAACUGCGCUUCUUGACUGAGACGUGCAUUUUCUUACUGCCGCGUUCGUCGGCGACGAUUUUCUCGCCUGGCAACGAGAGCAUCAUUUCGGUGAUGUCGAUUCACGUGUUCGUGCCUCUCCAGGAGGCAUCUCGAAAUCGUAAUAUAUACCGAUGCACACACGUUCAGAACUUGAAAUUAUGCAUGAUGAUUUUGUCGCGAAUUCUCCUUGGGCAUGUCGCGCGAAUAUCGAAUCAGGUAUUUGCUAUUGUUCUUUUAUUGUUUCCGUUUUUUUAUUACGUACUGUUGUACUUUUAUAUGCACGAUUUUACGAGUUAUAUGUACAUUGCGACUAUGACAAUGCACCGGAGGCUCAAUUAGAAGAUUAGAGUAUUAGCAUAGUGUGAUGUAAGAAAAAAGAUGUUGCAAGUUACGAAACGAAGAAGCAGUUAGGAAGAGACUUGUCUCGUAGAUCUCCCCGACGCUAAAGAUAAGUCGUCGAGAUAAGUCGUUUAUUAAAAAUCUGUUAUUGUUACUCGUCCAUAUUACGACACCCGAUCCCGUUAUUUAAUCAGGAUUUCUUUCAUUAGCAUCGCAGGUAAGACACAUCUGAGAUACAUUUUUUAUCUCUUUGUAGGCAUCAUCAUCGUCAUCAUCAUCAUACGUGAACAGCAAAUCCACAGAUGUACAAAUCUUAGACUGUAAGUUAAAGCUGUCGCGCUAAAAAUAGCAAUAAUACAGUAGGUGUACAUUCUAACGACGUUAAUCGCGCGUUUAUAUAUAUAUAUAUAUAUAUCUGUGCGACGGAAGGAUACGCAAAGCUUUCCGAAAGAAAUUACGAGGAGAGAGAUAACAAACGACGAACACAUAACCCGGAACGACGAAAGAAAGAAAUUAAAUCCACUGUCGGAUCUCGACGCGUCUAUCGCGUGUUCGGUGAUUCGCGUCACGUUUUGAACAUCUCAAAAGAGUUUCGACCGUCUGCGCGUGAAACCAAUGCGCUUUACUUAUAUACGGCUUUCUACGUUUCUUUAACGUACCACUACGUCGAGACGUGUCGCAGACGGGUGUUGUAUUAUACGAUGAUAAUGAUAUUGAGUGCAACCUAUUUCAAAGCUAAUUUAACACGUAUAUUCUAAUCUUAUACUAAAAAUAAAAGAAAAAAAAAAGGAAAAACGGGGACAUGUACAAGACGAGCACUGCCUUUCGCCAACAGGAGCUGUGAAGUAGGUUGAUCGCAAUUCAACGUUUUUCUAGUGAACGAUUGUUUUGUUUUAUCUCAUUCGUCCAUUCGUUCGCCCAUUCUCCUCCCUUCCAUUCACGACCCUCUUUCAUCCGCUCGAUUCGAUCAUCGGUACUUGGUCAUUAGCGUCGCUGCAUAGAUCCUCGAAGAAUGUGAGCAGAAGGAUAUUGUGCCAUUGUUUGAUCUGCAAAUUGAAAACGCAAUAAUGAGUACGUAAUAAAUUACGUACAUUCUGCAUACAUUAUUUAACCGUGCUUAACAUUGAUGAAAUUAUAUUUAUUGAUACUUUAAUAUAAUUUUAAAGCAAAGGUUUUAGCGAUUAUCACAAAAGCAAAUUUUAGGCGUGAAUUUUAUUAGUAAAACAUUUCUCUAAUGAAAUUUUCAAUUUCAUAUUUCAAUUCAGUUUAGUGCACGAAAUGGGAUCAAUACUGAAAUCAACUUUAAAUGACCUGAAUUUAGUAAUUCAGGUCAAUUAAUACGCGCAAUAAUUUUGAGAAUCAAUUUUGUGUUUAACACAGAAAAGAAUUAAUUUUUUCUCAUUCCCAUGAUAAAAUUGUGUCGAAAAAUUGCGAGGUAUCACUCGGAGAGUGAUGUAACGAGAAACUUAAUGUAGAAACAGGAGCGAACCACGGCACAAAUCUUGACGAUGUGAAUAUGUAAGAAUCUGUGAAUACUUGCGAUAUUAUACAUGUAUAUGUGUAUGUAUUGAUCGCGAUACGCGUGAGUAAUCCUCUAAGGUAUAGGGACACAUGAUGAGUCGUAUAAAAACGGAAUUACAUUACUUAAGAAUAAUCUAUAUGCUUUCUAUAUCUGAAUUAAAGUCGAAUCCGUUCGCUGCGUUUUUAGCGUUCUCCACUCACGCCAUCGUCUGUAAUUUACAGGAGCGAGCGACGCCGUGUGCAAAUCGCGAAAUCAAAAGUGCUAGGUACGUACGGUACGGUAGGAAAUUUUAGAAGAUAAGACUUCGUAAGAGGAUAAGCUAUUCCGCUCAAACGCUACGGUAUAUUAUGAGAAGUAGCUCAUUUAUAUGUCGAUGGAGAAACUCGCGUUUGAUACGAACGAAAUAAUUGAUAAAACGCGCGAUAUGUAAGAAUUGUCAAAAAGGGGAACGAAGACAAGAAUUGACAAGUGUCUAUCGCAUAUAGUGACAAACGAGCGAUCUGAGAGGAAAAGUAUUCUUAUUUCGUCCGAAAUAUAUAAUGAUAUUUAUUCUAUAUAUUUAUAAAUUGGGUAAUCGUCGAUUGAUAUGAACGUUUGCGACAAAAUCGAAUUACUUUCCUGCAGAUCGAACGGUUUUUCACGGUGAAUCGGCUCGAAACGCGUAAUUCGCGAAAAGUAUCUCUUCCUAUUAUUGAGAUUGCAAAAUCAGAGGACGGUAUUUGCAAAUGUCGAGGUACACACUCGCAGAAUCGUUCUGUGCUAUCGCUUUAUUUUUGCACCGUGGUUACGAGUAUAGUACGAGAUUCCUCAACCUCGCAGAACUAGUUAUGAAUGAACAAUUGUAAUACAAUACGCAUACGUAUGUUCGAAUUCGUCGUACAAAACUGUAAUUUUCCCUGAACCACCUUCCGAGCGAUCGCGAUACUUGGUCGUUCGCCGCGAGCACGUGUCGGCGCGAGAAAUUUCAAGAAGCUACGAAUCGACUGACAUUUUUACCGCAUUGUGUUCUUUAUCGUUACGCGUCGAAUCGACGCGAUGUGUUCUAUAAAUCGGGAGAUAUAAUUUUUCCCCUUUUUUUUACGAAACGACUUAGGUGUAAUGUAUUUUACGUAAAAGUAUUAGGUCUCGCAUCAGCGCGUUAGGGGUGGUUAAGGGACGAUAGGAUAAAUAACGAAAUCGAUUUAAUCGACUAAAUUCGUAAAUCCGAUUAGAGGAGAUUAGAUGUGAUUCUUAAGAACGUACGAGUAAAAUUUAAUUAAGAGUCUAGGCUUAAAUUGUACGAUAAUGGUAAUCUUGUAUAUUGGACGAUGUGUAAGGCGAAGUAUAGCGAGGUACGAGAGAGGUACACAUGAAAACACCAAACUUACAGAAUAGCUUAUCACCACUCAGGGAGAAUCAGUUUACUACGCAAAAUUCUGUCGAGUUUUCCUUGUGAGCGUCGAUCGUGCCGCGGGAGUACGACAUGGAUGCAACACAGUUGUCAAAUUAUCACGCAUUCUUGGGAUCCACAGUUCGAUCACUUUACUUCCAUCGAAUUUAAUAAAGCGUACGAUUGCGAAACAUUCAAGUGCGUAUAAUAAAUUAACGAAGAGUGUAUCAUUCCUAUAUUAAUUUUCUAUUGAGUAAGAAAUUUCAUUUUGUCGUAUUUGUUCAAUAAGUAUUUGAGUUUCUGCACGUUCCUGCAGUUAAUAUGCGGUAGUGGAGAAACAUUUAGCGACUUUCGACUUUAGAGAAUUGUCUGGGCUUUCCAGGAAUACGCGAUAAGGGGGUAUCGGUAAGCCGCAUUUUACUCGUACUGAUUUGGUGAAUUUCAUGAUUGACGACCUUGUCGAAAGUUCGCUAGGAUUUCUAAGUGAAAAAAAAAACAAGAAAGAACGAAAAAAAAGAAACACGUGAUCUUGAUACGACGUCGCGUUUGUACUAUUGAAGAGUAUUUUAUGCAUUAUCAGUAUAGUCGACUGUGUAUUGUUAGGCGAUAUUAUUAUAUGCGGUGCGCGAGGCGAUUACAGGAACCUAAACCUAACAGUCGUGUACGAUAUCCUAGCAGAGACAGAGAGAGAAAAAAAAGAAAUGUCAAAGUUUACAGAGCAGUACGAUGAUAUUUUUUCACAGCUGAUCGUGCCAAAUUUUUUCAAUCGAAUCAUUAAACUUCUCGAUUCCUUAGGCGGGUUUACGUCGAAGCGUAUGCGUUAGAGCGUAGAGAGGGACCCGACGAUGUCGCUAGGGACGAAAACGCCGUUUUGCACCAUGUCUAUUUUAGUCAUUGAUACUAACAAUAAUAGUCAUCGUUGUCGCGCGUACGAGUCGGUAAGGCUUUUCUCUCUCUCCCUUCGGGUGUAAUAGUCGGUCAUUUUCUUCUUGGUGAUUUUACUGCGAAUUGUCGCCUGUGUGUCGCAUUAUUUCCACCAUCGUGAUGGGGGAAGAAAAUAAAAGCGAAGGAAGGAGAAGAAUCGAUUGUUGUUUCUGCGUUUCUCUGCAUUCAAUAUCUCCGAGUAUCCGCGGUACAAAGACAUGCAAUUGUGUUCCUAAGCAUUCGCAUUCAAAUCAUUCGAGCUCUCGCCGCGACCGAGCAUUAAUUCAAUUAGGUACAAUGCUGAUUUCAUGUCCAGAGCCUUCUCCGAUGAUAUGAGCGGAGAGGAGGGUAUACAGGAGGGUGUAUACGGAAUUCGGAAAUCGACGGUCAUCGAUGUAGCAACCGAGCGCGUAGGUUUUACUUUCGUAGAUAAGAUCUUAUCUAAGAGCGAUGCGUUAAAUCUUAUGUAAUGGACACUUUUACCAAAUAAAUUGUCACUUUCCUACGAGUA